CGCGCGCCCGGCCCAGGGGGAGGGACGCGGGCCCCGCAGCUCCGGCCCCAGCCCCCGAGCUUCCCCAGCGAGUCCCGCCACGGUCCGGCGGGUGCGGGGUCAAGGUGUGCGGUCGGUGCGCGGGCCCGGGACGCGGACGGGCGGGCGAGCAGCAGCGGCGAUCGGCGGCGGCCGCGCGGAGCCCGGGGAGGCGGGACACAGAGCGGGCGCGCCGCCCCGACCCGGCGGGAGCCGGAGCAGCGCUGGCGUGGAUGCUCCCAUCUCUUGGCCUUUGGAGACUCAGUUGCCUUUUAAUGGCGGCAGCGGCUGUUGGAUGAGCAACUGGAGACUAGAGUUUGUUUUGACGCGAGGGCGUCGCUUUUGCUUGGCUCCAUCGCUCCUGGAUUGGUCCUGGUCCCUACACUGUUGAAGGGAGAAGAUGCCACUGCCAUUUGGACUGAAAUUGAAACGCACCCGGCGCUACACUGUGUCCAGCAAGAGCUGCCUGGUUGCACGGAUCCAGCUGCUCAAUAAUGAGUUUGUGGAGUUCACUUUGUCUGUGGAGAGCACUGGCCAGGAGAGCCUGGAAGCUGUAGCCCAACGACUGGAGCUGAGGGAGGUCACUUACUUCAGCCUCUGGUACCACAACAAGCAGAAUCAGCGUCGCUGGGUAGAUUUGGAGAAGCCCCUGAAGAAGCAGCUGGACAAGCACGCGCUGGAGCCCACCGUCUACUUUGGGGUGGUGUUUUAUGUGCCCGCCGUCUCUCAGCUGCAGCAGGAGAUUACCAGGUAUCAGUAUUACCUGCAGCUGAAGAAAGAUAUUUUGGAAGGAAACCUCCCCUGCACACUAGAACAAGCCAUUCAGCUAGCUGGCUUAGCUGUUCAAGCUGACUUUGGUGACUUUGAUCAAUAUGAAUCCCAAGACUUCCUUCAGAAAUUUGCCUUGCUCCCUGUGGGAUGGCUACAGGAUGAAAAAGUGCUGGAAGAAGCAACCCAAAAGGUGGCCUUACUCCAUCAGAAGUACAGAGGGCUAACAGCUCCUGAAGCUGAAAUGCUGUACAUGCAGGAAGUAGAGAGAAUGGAUGGCUAUGGAGAGGAGAGCUACCCUGCCAAGGAUAGCCAAGGAACUGACAUAUCCAUCGGGGCUUGUCUUGACGGCAUCUUUGUGAAACAUAAGAAUGGAAGGCCUCCGGUGGUUUUCAGGUGGCACGACAUUGCUAACAUGUCUCACAGCAAGUCCUUUUUUGCAUUAGAGCUGGCAAAUAAGGAGGAGACCAUCCAGUUUCAAACUGAAGACAUGGAAACAGCGAAGUACGUGUGGAGACUGUGUGUUGCCCGGCACAGAUUUUACAGACUAAACCAGUGUGACCUGCAAACUCAGACUGCCUCGUUGAACUCAGUCAGGAGGGGCUCAUCUUCCAGGAUGUCUCUGCCUAAACCCCAGCCCUAUGCGAUGCCUCCCCCACCCCAGCUGCAUUAUAAUGGACAUUAUACAGAGCCAUUUGCUUCUUCCCAAGAUAACAUCUUUGUGCCCAACAAGAAUGGAUUCUAUCGUCACUCCCAGACAAGUCUGGACAGAGCCCAGAUUGACCUGGGUGGUCGCAUCCGCAAUGGCAGCGUCUACAGCGCACACAGUACGAACUCCCUAAAUGCCCCUCAGCCCCACUUGCAGCCCUCCCCUAUGUCCUCCAACCCAAGUAUUACUGGCAGUGACGUCAUAAGACCCGACUCCAUCCCGUCCCAUCGGCACAGUGCGCUGAUCCCCCCGUCCUACCGCCCAACCCCCGACUAUGAGACUGUCAUGAAGCAGCUCCACAGAGGCAUGGUGCACGCAGACAGGCACAGCCACUCGCUGAGGAACCUCAACAUUGGCAGCUCCUAUGCGUACAGCAGGCCCGACGCCUUGGUCUACAGCCAGCCUGAGAUUCGGGAGCAUGCGCACUUUACCUCUCCCCAGUCGGCCCACUACCCCUUUAACUUGAACUACAGUUUCCACAGCCAGUCUCCCUACCCCUACCCCGCUGAGAGGCGACCGGUGGUGGGUGCUGUCAGUGUGCCAGAGCUGACCAACGUGCAGCUCCAGGCCCAGGACUACCCAGCUCCAAACAUUAUGAGAACCCAGGUAUACCGGCCGCCCCCACCGUACCCAUACCCGAGGCCUGCCAACAGCACCCCAGACCUGUCCCGUCACCUCUACAUCAGCAGCAGCAAUCCGGAUCUCAUCACCAGGCGUGUCCACCACUCGGUGCAGACCUUCCAGGAGGACAGCUUGCCAGUGGCCCACUCUCUGCAGGAGGUCAGCGAGCCCCUCACCGCAGCUCGGCAUGCCCAUCUACGGAAGAGGAACAGUAUCGAGAUUGCGGGGCUCACACAUGGCUUUGAAGGCCUGAGGCUCAAGGAGCGGACCAUGUCAGCCUCAGCGGCAGACGUGGCUCCACGGACUUUCUCGGCAGGCUCCCAGUCCAGUGUCUUCUCCGACAGAACAAAGCAAGAGGAGAGUGAAGAGCAGGACGACAGUGGCAGAUACAGCCACAAGAAGUCCCUUUCUGAUGCCACCAUGCUGAUACACAGCAGCGAGGAGGAAGAGGACCCGGAAGAGGACAGCAGGAGAGCGCACACUGCGGCCGCUGUGGCCGAGCCCCGCCUGACUGCCACUUACCCUCAGGAGCAGCAGCUAAACUACCCCUGCGCUCCGGUGACUGCAGUCGCCGGCCCUCUGCAUAUCCUUGAACCCAAGUCCCAUUUUACGGAGCCUGAGAAGAGGGUGAAAGACAUCAGCCCUGUCCACCUGGUUGUGGAGACCCAUCGGCCCCGGAGAGAUGGGCUGCUGACCCCCUCCAUGUCUGAGUCUGACCUCACAACGUCAGGGAGGUACCGAGCUAGGAGGGACUCUCUCAAGAAAAGGCCGGUGUCGGAUCUCCUGUCUGGGAAGAAGAGCAUCGUGGAAGGACUUCCACCUCUAGGGGGAAUGAAAAAGACUCGAGCAGAUGCAAAAAAAAUUGGUCCCCUUAAGCUGGCUGCCCUCAAUGGACUGUCCCUGUCCCGGCUGCCUCUGCCUGACGAAGGGAAGGAAGUGUCCACCAGAGCAACAAAUGAUGAAAGGUGUAAGAUUCUGGAACAGCGCUUAGAGCAAGGAAUGGUCUUCACCGAAUAUGAAAGGAUUCUUAAAAAGCGGCUAGUUGAUGGGGAGUGCUCAACAGCCCGGCUUCCUGAAAACGCAGAACGAAAUCGAUUCCAGGAUGUGCUUCCCUACGAUGACACCAGAGUAGAGUUGGUUCCAACCAAGGAGAACAACACUGGCUACAUCAAUGCGUCGCAUGUUAAGGUCUCUGUCAGUGGAACGGAAUGGGAUUAUAUUGCCACACAGGGACCAUUACAAAAUACCUGCCAGGACUUUUGGCAGAUGGUGUGGGAACAGGGAAUCGCAAUUAUAGCAAUGGUGACGGCGGAAGAGGAGGGUGGUAGGGAGAAGAGCUUUAGGUAUUGGCCAAGGCUUGGUUCAAGGCACAACACCGUCACCUAUGGAAGGUUUAAGAUCACAACUCGCUUCCGCACGGACUCGGGCUGCUACGCCACUACAGGCUUGAAGAUGAAGCACCUUCUCACAGGGCAGGAAAGGACAGUUUGGCAUCUCCAGUACACAGACUGGCCUGAGCACGGCUGUCCCGAAGACCUCAAGGGGUUCUUGUCAUACCUUGAGGAGAUCCAGUCUGUUCGACGUCACACAAAUAGUACCAGCGAACCCAAGAGCCCCAACCCUCCUCUGUUGGUGCACUGCAGCGCUGGUGUCGGCAGAACUGGGGUCGUCAUUUUGUCAGAGAUCAUGAUUGCCUGUCUGGAGCACAACGAGGUGCUGGACGUCCCCAGAGUGCUGGACAUGCUAAGACAGCAGAGGAUGAUGCUGGUGCAGACGCUUGGCCAAUAUACGUUUGUGUACAGAGUUCUCAUCCAGUUCCUCAAAAGCUCCAGGCUCAUUUAAGCGCCCACACUUUUCUAUGGGGACCCAAUCAUGUGAAGUGUUUACAGCUUAAAAAAAGAAAAGAAAGGAAGGCAGGAAGGAGAGGUGCCUGUGGCUCCUCCUUUGUCCACAGCAGUCCCCUGUGGAGGUCCUGAGCAGGAGGGAUGGCAUGAGGAGCUGAAGAGGAGGGAGUGGGACCUGGGGCAGGCUGAGGAAGACAGGCUGGGUGCCCGGGCCUCACCCGUCUGGUUUGCAGCACUUGCACACACUCUUGAGACUGUUCCAGAUGGUUCUCUGUCUUACGGGAAGCUGCACUGGGCAGUUCUGGCAAUCAUUAAGGCUCACAGAUUUCUAUCUUAAGCUAGUUUUUGAUAAUGUAAUUUUAUGACUAAAUAGGGUUUUGCUUUUUUUUUUUUUUUUAAGCUAGAAGCUGAACUUUUCUGUGGAGCAAUCCACAGAGUGAGUGGUUCUUGAGUAACUGUAUUUAAAACCAUUAUUAGCUUUUGUUUAAGAACAAAAACCACAGGGAACUAAGUGGCUUAUUCACCAAAUCCAAAACUAAAGAAAAUCUAAAAGUGUUAUUUUGAAACAUAGAAAGCAUUUUUAUAUUCGAAUGUUUUUUAUCCUAAAAGUUCUAUAUAUUUGUACCUUCUAUAUUUUCCAAAUAAGAGCUCAAUUUGUUAUGGUACUGAGUCAGUUAAAAUGUGAAGUUGGGGAUAAAGGCACAUUAUUUAAAAUCAAAGAAUCAGAUUCACUAUUUUUUCAGUAUUAUAAAAAGCACAAAUGAGUUUGAUUUUAUUGGUUGAAAAUGAAGAAAGAACAAUUGCAUAGGAUGGUUUUAAGCACUUUCUUGUCAAAAAUGAGUUUAACACAUGUGGCUUUAUAUUUUAAACAACAACAGUGGACGCCAUUUCAAAGAGAAGGGCCGUGGGUAUGUAAGAUGACUAGGACAGAGUAAGGCCUGGGGGUCACGCAGGAUAGCUUGGUCGUUACAAAAUGCAGUAUUAUCUAUAAUCACACUGAGCUGAGAUGGAGAAUGGGGUCUUGGGAGCUUGGGGUGAACCCAGAGGGUUGCACACAGGCAAUUCAAGUUUGCCAUUGUCAGUGAUGUACUUUAUUUGAGGUUCCCUGUAUUUUUCUCCCUACAAACAAGUUCAGGUUUCUAUUAUCAUUAAAGAAGCCUUGAAGAGGUUCAAUUUUCUUUAGGUUGAAAGAAGGAAACAUUUAAUGAGAAGUUCCUUUUCCCAAACUUAUGGGGCCAGCAGAAAUUGCUGUGGUGUUCAGGGGGUCCUUGAAUUUAGCACCUUAAUCCUGCGCUCACCCUGGGGUCAGUUCUGGGCACUCGGUUCUCCUCUUCCAUCCCUUUGGGCACACCCUGCUGGUUCUGACCAGGUCGGGUUUGAAGGGGAGCAUGUUGUCUUUGGCCCAGGCUAAGUUUGCUUUGUGAAAAGUGGAGGACAAGCUGGCACCUUUAGCUGAGCCUCCCCUACCCCCAGUUCUGGGUCACUGUGUAGACCUUCUAGAAUGUGAGAUCUAGGAUUAGCUCCCAAAUGAUAAUGUUCUACCAUCAUUCUGACUGGACUCUCUGUGGUGAGCUUCACCCCCCAUGACAGACGUGUGCCAGCCCAACCAAGCACAGUAGACUCACAUGGAAAGCAUGCCCCAGGACGGGACUGGAGGUUGGGGGGUAUAGGGUCCAUCUCAUACCAUAUGAAGGACAGGACUUUUUCUGAAACUUUUUCUUCUGAUGGUACGUCGUUUGAAGAUGCUUUUCUAUCACAUCUAAACAUCUGGAAAUAUCCCACUGACAAGAACAUAUUGUAAAACAAAACUUAUUAAAGAGUAAUAUAUGGCAUGUUUGUGUUCCUGUUGCAAUACCUUGAUAAAGUAAAUUCCUUCAGGGCAAAAUUA